AGUAACGCCCCGGUCGUCGUACGGGAAGGUGGCGCCGCUCCUCUCCAGUGACUCGCGGUUGGCUCGCUCUGCCUCACUCGCGCUGGAAAAAAAAAAAGUUUGGCGAAACCUUAAAAAUAACACAGUGAUACGCGACACUGUUCUCUUAUUGGGUGGAAGGAAGGCCUCGCGUGUGUUCUCGAGGCCUUACGAGGAAGUUAUAAGACUAUUGUGAUUAUUCUUUGCUUACGGAGGAGAAGUAAUAGCAGUAGUGGUGACCGUGGAGGAAACUUAAAUAUAAGAAAACACCUGGACACCUCCUCUCGGCAAUCAAGAGCCGCUGCGCGCUACUCAGAGCAGGACUGGUCACCGUCCCGGGGAGCAGCACUGCCACCAGGGACCACCAUCUCAACACACCGACACCCCGCAGCCCCGCGCCGCCACGCCAAGGUGGGCAGUGAAUGAAAAUUUCCCUGCAGAAAAUAAUUUGGCAAAAACAGUUGGAGUGAGGUGAAGUGAAAGUGGGCCUUGACCCCCUGGCGGCGUCUGGCGGCCUGCAGCGGCGGCAGGCGGCGAGUAGGCCUGACGGGAGGCAGGAAGCCCCGCCGCCGAGGAGGUGACGUCACCAGCCGCAGCUCCUGCCGAGGAUGUGCUGAGCUGCCGCCAGCAUGGAGCCGCCGCCGCCACCGCCCGCCGCCCUCGUGGUGCUGGCCGUCGCGGGCCUCCUCGUUCACUCCGCCACCUGCCUCCACACAGGCCAGUGCGACGCGGCGCUGGGGAUGCAGUCCGGCGCCAUUCCAGACGAGCACAUUUCCGCGUCUUCUUACUUUGACGCCGCCGUCAACGCCAUCUAUGGGAGAGCGCACGUGGAGGCUGGGGGUGGCGCCUGGUGUCCCCGGGAGAUGGUGUACCGCGAGGGCCUGCAGUACCUGGAGGUCAACCUGGGGGCGCUGCACGUGGUCACCAAGGUGGAGGUCCAGGGCAGGUUCGGUAACGGACAAGGGCGGGAGUUUGCGACGCAGUAUAAACUACAAAUAUGGCGUCCCAACAUGGCCCACUGGACCACCUACAACGACGGCCGCGGCGAGGAGCUGCUGGAGGGCAACAGCAACACCUACCUGGCGCAGACGUCGCAGCUCAGCCCGCCCGUGGUGGCCGCCAGGGUGAGGUUCGUGCCCUACAGCGACCAUCCGAGGACCGUGUGCAUGAGAGUGGAGCUGUACGGCUGUCGCUAUACUGACGGACUGGUGUCCUACUCGAUGCCUGACGGCGACGCGCGCGGCGGGGACUACAACCUGCGGGACCUGACCUACGACGGCACGCGGCGCGGCGGCUGGCUGUCCGGCGGCCUGGGCCAGCUCACCGACGGCGAGACCGGCCACACCAACUUCCGCGUGGACGCCCUGGGCCGCGGCAGGGGCUACGAGUGGGUGGGCUGGAAGAACGACAGCCGCCAGCGCCAGCCCGUGGAGAUUACCUUUGAGUUUGAUUCCGUCAGGAACUUCUCUGCCUUGCACAUCUACACCAACAACUUCUUCACCAAGGACACGCAGGUGUUCUCACGGGCGCGGGUGCUGUUCAGCGUGGGUGGCGAGCACUACCACGCCCAGCCGCCGGUUGAAUUCGAAUACGUGGUGGAUCGUAUCUUCGAGACCGCGCGCAACGUCACCAUCCGCCUGCACGGCGCCACCGCGAAGUACGUGAAGCUGCAGCUGUUCUUCGCGCUGCGCUGGAUACUCAUCUCAGAGGUCGCCUUUGACUCAGAGCCGUGCCGUUGUAACCAGACGGAGGAAGCCCCGCCCGUCACGCCUACCGAGGUGGUCGAUGAGACGGCUGUGCCGGUGGUGCCCGCCCACUCCACCUCCUCUGACUUCCUGGUGGGCGGCCUGGUGGCUCUGGGCGUGGUGUUCGGUGUGGUGCCGGUUACGCUGUGUGUGCUGUACUACCGCUCUAGGCUCACCAGGAAGGCCAGCAAGAUCUCGCUGUCCAAGGCCAAUGGCGGCGAGACCAAGAAGGUGUCCAUGAAGAUGAAGGACCUGCACAUCAACAUGAACCUCUCUCAGCUGUCCAACGGCUACUCCCGCGCCAAGGGCAACCUAUACGGCCACGUGUCCAUGGACGAGGAGGCCUCCGCCAUGUACCAGGAGCCGUACAAGGGGCCGCUGCACAACCCCGGCUACCACACCCUUGGCCACACCGUGCACCCCCCCGACGUGCCGCUCAAGUGCCCCCUGCCCCCCGACACGGAUGACUCGGUGGAUUACGCAGUUCCGGGCAUGAACGUGACGCCGCCCCCGCCCUUCUCGGACGUGUACUCCCCCCCGCCCCCCGUCCCCCUAACACGACCGCCCAUGACAAAAGGCUUGGCUCUGGACUACCCGACCCUGCCCCCGCCCACGCCACCUAUUCCCCCUCCUCCCAAGCAGCACUACUUCACCGCCUCCCAGGUGUGUCAGCCCGUCAGCAUCCAGGGGCCGGCGGGCAACGUCGCCUUCAUUGUGUCUGAAGCUUCGGAGCUGACGCAGGCGAGGUGUGUUCCCGACAUCGCGGGGAAGAACCUGCGCGUGAUGGAGACGCUCGGCGAGGGCGUGUUUGGCAGCAUCCAGGUCUGUGAGAUGCGCGGCGCCCCCAGCGGCGAGGCGGAGACGGUGCUGGUGAAGUGCCUCAACAGCAGGGUAGACGAGGCUGUGAGGGAGGAGUUCCUGCAGGAGGCUCAGGUGCUGAGCUGCAUCAGCGACAUCAACGUGGCGCAGCUGGUGGGCCUCACCUCUCAGGAGCCGCUGUGCAUCAUCCACGAGUACCUGCAGCACGGCGACCUCCACCAGUUCCUCCGCAGACACGCGCCCGAAAACCCAACGAGUGUGAUACAGCGAGCCGCCUUCAAGGACGGCGGCGAGUGUCCCGUGCUGAGUUACGGCGCCCUCGUGUACAUAGCGACGCAGGUGGCCUCCGGCAUGAAGCACCUGGAGAAACUGAACAUUGUACACAGAGAUCUGGCGGCGCGAAACUGUCUUGUUGGCGAAGGUCUUCUGGUGAAGGUGUCUGACCUGGCCAUGAGUCAGAACAGGUACCACCGCGACUACUGCCGCGUCAGCGAGGACAGCACGCUGCUGCCGGUGCGGUGGAUGGCGUGGGAAUCAGUGCUGCAGGGCAGGUUCUCCAGCAAGAGUGACGUGUGGGCUUUUGGCGUCACGCUGUGGGAGAUCCUGACGCUGGCCCGCCAGCAGCCCUACGCCGAGCUGAGCGACGACGGCGUGCUGGAGAACGUGUCCCACUGCUGCCACGGCGACGGCGCCGCCAUGAUGGUGCUGCCGCAGCCGCCGCUUUGCCCGCGCGAGAUGUACGACAUGAUGACUGCCUGCUGGAGGCCCGGCGACCGCCAGCGGCCGCCCUUCUGGGAGGUGCUCAUGUUCCUGCAGCGCAAGAACCUCGGCUACUGCCUCGACUACCCGGAGUGACGCGCCGCUGCGUCUUGUGUUCCUUAAAGAGAAUCUUCCUUUGACCUCUGGCGCCCAACGCAUCGCAGGUCUUUCCCCAGACGAGUGUCCACGCUGCCUGGCGCGGCAGUGCCCGUGUUGUGUGACUCGUACGCUCAUGAGUAACUACACAACGACACUUGACUAUAUUAGCGAGAACUUACACGACUCUUACCGACACUGGACAUGAAAAGCUGCGGUGUGUAACUAUGGCAUUUCCUGGACAGGCUUGUUAUCCGUGACUUUCCUUGCUCGAGUGCUGGAGAGUGGCUGGAGCAUGAUAGCGUGAAGCAAUGGACACUGAACAGUGAGUGACGGUCAGCCGCCUCCACGGUGAGGCAGUUUGAUCCUAAGCGAAAAUAAAGUCAAUAAUCCCGGUGUGAGACAGUGACGUGCUGGACGGGUGGCGGGGCAGGGUGACGGGUGGCGGCCCCGGUGUGUGCCAAGGCGGCGCGGCGAGUGUCGUGCGUGGCGGGUCAAGGUCGCCGCACGGACGGAGAUGACAGGCACGUGAGAUUCUCCUUCUACAGCCGGUGUUGUGUUGAGGUUUGUGAUUUAUCUGUGAUAUCCUUUAGUCAGGGUCUGGGGCCAUAUUGGCGUCCAGUGAGCGUUUGUAAAUACCACGUGUACUUUACCCUUGUGUUGUGAGAGCGAGCACAAUCAAUGAUCACCUUGCUAAACCUCUAAAGGGAGAAGUAAGAUCACUCAUAGGUGUAAGUGAUACUGUGUAGGGAAUACGUCACACGCAUUAUAUAGUCUGUAGUUCAGCAUUAUUUUUUGAGUGUAUUAGAAGUUGCUUGCAGUAGUUGGUGUGUGAGCAGCGCGGGAGUAACUCUAGAUCUGGUAGUCUUUGUAAAGUGGCCUGUGUUGGUCCCGCGGCAGCCCGGGGCGGCGGCAGCGGCCAGCAGGGGAGCUAGCAGAAGGUCAAGGACUGCUGCUGCUGGAGUGGAGGUCGUGGCGUGUGCCGCUGACCCUGCCCAGCCUCAGCCUUGCGUAUCUUAUUUUAGUUUAGUUGACGUGGGUGAUGAGCGAGGCGGCUGCGUGGACACCGGACACUGCUGAGCCUCGCCGCCGCCCGCCGAGGUGUGGACAGCAGGCGGGGUGGCACUGUCUCCGCGGCAGGCACUCCUCAGCGCGCCCCGCCCUGCUCUGCGCGGCCCUUUCAAGUCCCUGUACUGUCACGUCAAACUCAAGCUGCGUAGUUUGGUUCUGCUGUUACGAAAUGGGAGACUUAACGAUUGAGUCUUGAUUUGUAUGUACAGUGUAUAUCAAACAACAAUAAAGUGCACAGUGUUCCUUAAA